AUGGGCAUAGAUAUUCUUCAUCAACUAGGCCUUGGAGGCAAAGAUGUAAGACACUCAUCAUCAAUGACUGCUGUACCAUCAUCAUCUACACCAUUACCUCAGGGGGUCCAUUUAAUAGAAUCAGGUGUCAUUUUUAAAAAUGAUGCUUAUAUUGAGUCACCUCUCAUGAAAAUUUUACCAGAAAACUUAGGACAGCCAUUUACAAUAUUAAUUGGGUUACAGUCACAUAAAGUGAAUAAUGCAUUUCUCUUCAGCAUUAGAAAUAAAAAUAGACUGCAAUUAGGAGUACAAUUACUACCAAAAAAAUUAAUAGUAUAUAUUGGAGGAAAGCAGUCUGUAUUUUUCAACUACAGUGUUCAUGAUGAGCUAUGGCACUCAUUUGCCAUUACUAUCAGAAACCGAGUUGUCUCAAUGUUUGUUGAAUGUGGAAAGAAAUAUUUUAGCACAGAGACUAUUUCAGAAGUUCAGACUUUUGAUUCUAAUAGUGUGUUUACCUUAGGAAGUAUGAAUAAUAACUCUGUACAUUUUGAAGGAAUAAUAUGUCAGUUGGAUAUUAUUCCUUCUGUAGAAGUAUCUGCAGACUACUGUAGAUAUGUGAAACAGCAGUGUCGCCAUGCGGACAAAUACCAAACUAAAACAAGCCUUCCUCAUACAACUAUCACACCUACUAAGAGACUGGAACACACUCCCUUGCCCGAAGGAUCAGAUGAAAAAAUGCUGUUAGAGAAAACAUUUUAUGAAGGCAGAAGCAUUACAAAUGCCAUAAAUAAUGAUUCUGCAACAGUGCAUAAAAGACCAGAACACCAGGUAUCAAAAGCUCAGUUAACUUCUCUUCAUUCAGCAAAUGUCUCUGCUAUGGAUCUCACAAACUAUGGGAUUCAAGCCAAAGAAACCAUCCCGGAGGAACAUAUUCAAACAAAUUUAAGCCUGUCAAUGACCCAUCAUGGCCUCAGUGAGACAAGAAUGAAUACCAAGGAGAAAUUUAGUUAUCUGCCAAAAGUAUCUGAAAAUAUAACACAACAUGAGGAUGAUACCAUAACUGGUAUGUCACUGUUUAAGAAGAUGUCAUCUAUUCUUCCACAUAAAAGACAAGAUAUAAAUGCUAAUCUCAAGAAGGCGAUCACAGCAAAUCUACACACUAAUGAACUCAUGGAAAUGGAACAGAUUUUAAACACAACUUUAUACAGAGUGACAGAAAAGCCAUCUGUGGAUAAUCACCUUGAUCUAAGGAAGGAAGGUGAAUUUUAUCCUGAUGCUACUUAUCCCAUCGAAAAUAGCUAUGAAACUGAGCUUUAUGAUUAUUAUUAUUAUGAGGAUCUUAAUACAAUGCUUGAAAUGAAGUAUCUAAGAGGGCCAAAAGGGGACACUGGACCUCCCGGUCCACCUGGUCCAGCAGGUAUUCCAGGUCCCUCAGGAAAGAGAGGUCCACGGGGCAUGCCAGGACCACAUGGAAAUCCUGGGUUACCUGGAUUACCAGGUCCAAAGGGUCUUAAAGGAUAUCCAGGGCUCCCAGGGCACCGUGGUGAACAAGGAAUUCCAGGAGGGACUGGUAAUAUUGGUUCACCUGGUUACCCUGGCAGGCAGGGUUUAGCUGGACCAGAAGGUAAUCCAGGUCCUAAAGGUAUACGAGGUUUCAUUGGCUCUCCUGGAGAAGCAGGACAAGUUGGACCUGAAGGAGAAAGAGGCAUUCCUGGGAUCCGUGGAAAGAAGGGUGUUAAAGGAAGACAGGGUUUUCCAGGUGACUUUGGAGACAGGGGCCCUGCUGGUCUUGAUGGCAGUCCUGGGCUUGUAGGUGGGAUCGGUCCUCCUGGGUUUCCUGGGCUUAGAGGCAAUGUUGGUCCUGUGGGACCGAUUGGACCUUCUGGAAUUCCUGGCCCAAUGGGUCUUUCAGGAAAUAAGGGGCUACCUGGAAUCAAAGGUGAUAAGGGUGAACAAGGCAUUGCAGGGGAACCAGGAGAACCAGGAUAUCCUGGAGACAAGGGUACUAUUGGUCUGCCAGGACCACCAGGCAUCAGAGGAAAGCCAGGACCUUCAGGUCAAUCAGGUGACCCAGGACCCAAAGGACCAAUUGGCCCCCCAGGACCAGAGGGUUUUCCAGGAGAUAUUGGGGUUCCUGGACAAAAUGGCCCUGAAGGACCAAAGGGACUCCUUGGAAAUAGAGGGCCUCCUGGGCCUCCUGGUCUCAAAGGAACUCAGGGAGAAGAAGGACCAGUUGGACCCUUUGGAGAAUUGGGGCCUAGAGGAAAACCAGGUCGAAAGGGAUAUGUGGGUGAACCAGGACCAGAAGGCUUAAAGGGAGAAACAGGAGAUCAAGGAGAUAUUGGAAAAAUUGGUGAAAUGGGACCUGUUGGCUUACCUGGAGAAGUUGGGAUAACUGGAAGCAUUGGUGAAAAGGGAGAGCGUGGAAGUCCAGGCCCACUAGGUCCCCAGGGGGAAAAAGGUGUUAUGGGAUAUCCAGGUCCUCCUGGGGUUCCAGGAUCCAUGGGUCCUUUGGGAUUACCUGGUCAUGUGGGAGCAAGAGGACCACCUGGGAGUCAAGGUCCUAAAGGCCAAAGAGGACCAAGAGGACCAGAUGGUCUCCCAGGAGAACAAGGUAUACAAGGUGUCAAGGGUGAAAAAGGAAAUCAAGGAAAAAGAGGGCCGCAUGGUCUUAUUGGUAAGACUGGAAACCCUGGAGAGAGAGGAGCUCAAGGAAAACCAGGUUUACCUGGACCCUCUGGCAGUACAGGAGACAGGGGACUUGCAGGAGAACCAGGACCUCGAGGACUGCAAGGUGAUGCUGGACCUCCUGGAGAAAUGGGUGUUGAGGGACCUCCAGGCAUUGAGGGAGAAUCUGGUCUACAAGGUGAACUGGGUACUAAGGGAGAUGUUGGACCUGUGGGCAGUGUUGGAGGACCUGGGGAACCAGGAUUACGAGGUGAACCAGGGGCUCCUGGAGAAGAAGGUCUCCAGGGAAAAGAUGGAUUAAAGGGGACUCCAGGAGAAAGGGGACUUCCUGGAGAAGAUGGAGAAAAAGGAGAGAUGGGCUUACCAGGAACUAUUGGGCCCUUUGGUAGUCAAGGUAGAAUGGGCCUUCCGGGACCCGAAGGAAUGACAGGAACUCCAGGACAAAGAGGUCGUCCAGGAAAAAAGGGUGAUAAAGGACAAAUAGGACCCACAGGAGAAGUUGGAAGCAGAGGUGCUCCUGGACAAAUUGGGGAAAGUGGUCCUAAGGGUGCCAGAGGAACUAGAGGUGCUGUGGGCCCUUUAGGGAUGAUGGGACUUGAUGGAGAAUCAGGAAUUCCAGGAUAUAGGGGCCAGCAAGGUCCACCAGGACUCUCUGGGCUCCCAGGCCCUAAAGGAGAAAAGGGUUACCCAGGAGAAGAUAGCAAAGUUCAAGGACCACCUGGGCCUCGAGGUGAACCAGGUCCAAUGGGGGAACAAGGAGAGAGAGGAGAGCCUGGAGCAGAGGGAUAUAAGGGUCAUGUGGGUUUACCAGGACUAAGAGGUGCCACAGGACAACAAGGGUCCCCAGGUGAGCCAGGUGAACAAGGUGAACAAGGACCAAAAGGAGAGAGAGGAUCUGAAGGUCGUAAGGGGAGAAAAGGAGCUCCCGGUCCUUCUGGGAAACGUGGCAUUCCUGGAUUUCCAGGCCUUCCUGGGCCAAAAGGAAUUCGAGGAUACCAUGGAGCAGAUGGCAUUUCAGGAAACCCUGGAAAAGUUGGGCUACCAGGAAAACAAGGACUUCCUGGCAUCAAAGGCAGUCCAGGAAGAACAGGACUCGCUGGGUCUCCAGGUCCUCGAGGAAUAAAGGGCUCAUCAGGCCUUCCAGGAAGCCCUGGAGUUCCAGGCCCAAAGGGUGAACAAGGGCUCCCUGGUCAACCUGGAGUUCGAGGUAAAAGAGGUCACAGAGGAACACAGGGUGAUCAAGGACCACAUGGAGAGCCUGGUCUGAAAGGGCAACCUGGUGAACAUGGUGAUCAAGGUUUGACAGGUUUCCAAGGAUUCCCAGGCCCCAAAGGUCCUGAGGGAGAUGCUGGCAUUGUGGGAAUAUCAGGUCCUAAAGGUCCUAUUGGGCAGAGAGGAAAUACUGGCCCUCUUGGCAGAGAAGGUAUAAUAGGCCCAACUGGCAGAACUGGACCCAGAGGUGAAAAGGGCUUUAGAGGUGAAACUGGUCCCCAAGGCCCAAGAGGCCAACCAGGGCCUCCAGGGCCACCUGGAGCACCAGGUCCAAAAAAACAAAUGGAUAUCAAUGCUGCUAUUCAAGCCUUGAUUGAAUCAAAUACUGCUCUACAGAUGGAGAGCUACCAGAAUACUGAAGUGACUUUAAUCGACCACAGUGCAGAGAUAUUCAAAACCUUGAACUACCUUAGCAAUUUACUACACAGCAUCAAGAAUCCCCUUGGCACAAGAGAUAACCCAGCACGAAUCUGCAAAGAUUUGCUCAACUGUGAACACAAAGUAUCAGAUGGAAAAUAUUGGAUUGAUCCAAAUCUUGGAUGCCCUUCAGAUGCUAUUGAGGUUUUCUGUAAUUUUAGUGCUGGUGGCCAGACAUGUUUAUCUCCUAUUUCUGUGACAAAGCUGGAGUUUGGAGUUGGGAAAGUCCAGAUGAACUUCCUUCAUUUACUGAGCUCAGAAGCCACCCAUAUCAUCACCAUUCACUGUCUAAACACGUGGACAAGUGCACAAACAAGUGACCCAGGACUGCGUAUUCGUUUUAAGGGGUGGAAUGGUCAGAUUUUUGAAGAAAACACUUUACUGGAACCUAAAGUGCUUUCAGAUGACUGCAAGAUUCAAGAUGGCAGUUGGCAUAAGGCAAAAUUCCUUUUUCACACCCAGGAUCCUAAUCAACUUCCAGUGAUUGACGUUCAAAAACUUCCUCAUCUCAAAACUGAAAGGAAGUAUUACAUUGAAAGCAGUUUUGUGUGCUUUCUCUAA